AGUGGCAAGGCAAAGCAUGCCGGGAGUGGUAGUUUUGCUGCUCGUUUGCAUGCAGGUACUGUCCGAAGCUCGGGAGGGUCAUGUUGAGCGUGGAAUGGACCCAGGUGGCCAAAAUGUACCUUUACCUGGAUGAUGACCUAAAUGAAAAGAGUAAAAUAUUAUGUCUUUGUUCUAGGGCAUUUGUCAAUGAUCGGAACUUAUACUACUUAGGAUUAAAGGACAUUGACCUUGGCAGGAAUGAUUACAAAAAUGGUGAUGACGAAGAUGAUUCCCCGAGUGUACCAGCAGAAUCUAGUAUUUAUGACUUGGUUGCUGAAGAAAGUGACAUGGACUCAGAGACAGAACUCAUGGUGAAAAUGGGCCUUCCUUUGAGUUUUGGUGGUUCCUCAUUUGAGAAGAACUUUGUGCUUCCAGGCAACUAUACAAAGAUAGCUAAAAUCCGAAAAAAGAAGAAUAAAACGAAUAAAUGUCAGAGGGAUUUAAAUGAGAGCAUUGAGGAAGCUGUUGCGGGUAUGACUGACGCUGAACACAACUGCGCAGAAGAAAGCACUACUAAUACUGAGCUACUGAUUACUGAUGGAACCAACCCGAUAGACUGCGAGGACACAAGUGUCACACAGACUGGUGCUUUUGUUACUCCGUCUAUUGAGCUUGACAUAAAAGAGAAAUGGGAAGAGUAUUGGUGUCGGUACGGGCAAAGUUUACUGUGGCAGGACUGGGUGCAGAAACAUCCCGAUACACAACAGUCAGAUGGUAACUGUACCUCUCAGCCAUGGAGCUCCCCUGACACCAAAGAUGAGUGGGACGGUCAUUAUAAUGAAUCUUAUUGGUACUAUUUUGAGCAGUUUAAGUACUGGGUAGACCAAGGGUGGACAUUUGAAUCUAGUGAAGUUCCAGAUCAAGAGCAAGAAGGACAAAGUACAGACAACACAGACCUGCGUUGCCCUAUCACACAUCCGGAUGAGUCUUCUACCGAACAUUCUGCUACAGCUAAUGAUUGCAGUGCUGGUGACGGUGUCGCAAAUGGAAUAAUGAACAUAAAUCUUAAUUCGGAUGAAACCGAACAAGACAGUGUAAGUGAUACAUAUGAGGUCCAUUCAUUGCCAAAUCCAGAGUGCCCAUGUGAUCCUGCCCAUAACGAACCGGAGGAUGUGGAAUCUGGAAAAAAGGAUGCAUCGUCUGGAAGCACUACUGCAAGCCAGCCAGUGUCGGGAGGAUCAAACUCUGCACCCCAAAAUGUGCGCUCAUCUACCAUUAAGGGGCAAAGUGAAGGUGAGGAUGAUGACGAUGAUGAGCCUCCGGACUGCAAACAAGCCAAGAUUAAGAGAAGCCAUGAACUGGAUGCAGAUGAGUACCCGCGUGAUGUGCUUGCAGAGGCCUCCAGUGUCUUGGGACUUAAACAUGGAACCGGUCAAAAGUAUGGAGAGAUUUCACAUUUCAGCCACCGAACUCUGCACUACCUAGAAAGAGGUGUGAAGCACAGGUCCCAGUUUCUCGACAUGCAUAGACCAGUGAGUGCCAAGAACAAGCACAUCUUUUUCUCUGAGGAUCCUGUGAUAAAGCCGAUGAAGACUAAAGCUUUAAAUAAGGUUAAAGGAUUCCUGGAGAGGAUGAGUGAACCCACUCAGAGUACAUCAGAUGAGGUGGUUCCCUUGCAGGAUGUGUCUGUGUUUUCCAGCAGCUCAGACUCCGAGGAACAAGACCAUUCGGACCUUCAAGGUUCUUCUGUCUCACCAGAAACGAACUCCAACCUACCCUCCAACAGCAUAUGGUGUGCUCAAGAUGCAAACCCUGAAGAGAAGCAAUUCAUUACCAGUGAUACAGUAAACCCUGCCAGAGAGCUGCUAUCCUUGGAUAUCCCUGACUAUCUACAGGCUGAAACAGACCUUGUGAAAAAAGCUGAAAAGAAAAGCAAAAAGAAGAAAAAGAAGAACAAAAUGAAAACAAUACCUUUGCCUCCUGAAAUUGCUGCUGUUCCUCAUCUUGCAAAGUACUGGGCACAGCGCUACAGACUCUUCUCUCGCUUUGAUGAAGGGGUUAAGCUUGACGAGGAAGGCUGGUUUUCGGUAACACCUGAGAAGAUUGCAGAGCACAUCGCCAGCCGGGUCAGACAGACCUUUAACUGCAAUGUUGUAGUAGAUGCUUUCUGCGGUGUUGGGGGUAAUGCCAUCCAGUUUGCCAAGGCCGGAAACGCUGUUAUUGCAGUGGAUAUUGACCCAGUGAAACUGGAUCUUGCUCGGAAUAAUGCUGAGGUCUAUGGUGUUGCAGACCGCAUUGAAUUCAUAUGUGCCGAUUACAUGCGUGUGGCUCCUGAUUUGAAAGCUGAUGUUGUAUUUCUCAGCCCUCCAUGGGGGGGACCUGACUAUGUCAGUGCUGAGACCUUUGACAUCAAGACAAUGAUGUCUCCAGAUGGAUUUGAAAUUUUCCAGCUUUCCAAACAGAUAACGAAAAACAUCAUAUAUUUCCUCCCACGCAAUGCAGAUAUAGAGCAGGUUGCAUCAUUGGCUGGGCCCGGAGGUCAAGUGGAAGUAGAACAGAAUUUCCUGAAUAAAAAACUGAAAACAAUGACCGUAUACUUUGGAGACCUGAUCCGAAAAUCUUAAGUCUUUUUUUUUGUUCCACUCUUAAAUAUUUUAUUCUGAGGAGCGGAGGGGUUUUUGUCCAGUUAUUGUUUAGGCACAGAACAGUAGUUUGUGAUUCCAUACCUGUAAAUAUUUUUUCCUUAAAAGAAAAAAGAGCACCGUUCCACUUCCUAAUAGGACACGGAUUUGUAUAAAAUUAGAAGAUGGUUAGAUAAAGAAUCCAUGGUCAGUCAAUAAUCACCAUUGCCAAGAAGAGUUUAGAAAUCAGGGGUCAUGAAUACAAUGUUUCAUUUAUUUUUACUUGAUAAUCCGGCUUAAAGAAAAAAGGAUUUUCUAAAACUAAUACAAUCCAGCUAUUAAAGUGGUUUGAUUUCUGAAAAAUGUUUUGUACCAGCUAUAUGUCUACACUAUUCCUUAAAAGAUCCCCAGCUCCAAAGAUGCUUCUCCUCCUUGCAGUUGCUCUCUUACUAGUUCCUGUGCUCUCUGUUUUGGGAGUAUAUUUGUUAAUUUAGUAGAAUAAAGGAACUCAUGUUUCCCUGAUGCUUUUAGAAGCCUGUAAA